CUGAUUUCCCUGCUUGAAGGAAGGAAAGAGCCCUGGAUCCCAGAUAUGCGUAGCCCUGAGGCCAUGCCAGGAGACCUCAGCCCAGCAGGAACUUGGAUUACAGAUAUAUUGGAAGAUCUGCAGGGAAGUGGAGUGGCAGAAAGGCGGUGGGGUAGUGUCUGUGUGGAGGAAAUCAGAAGGGAUGUCCAAGGAGGUCUGGAGCAGGGUCAGAGUGAGUGCAUCAAAAAGCCACUGGGAAAGUGUCUGGGAAAGACAGGAAGGUGCCCACUGUACUUCAGCAUAGGUGAAGAGCAUCCUGAAGAAGCCAGGAGCAAGGAUGUGAGCCAGAAGAAAAAGCAGAAUCCAUGCACAGAGUGUGGGAGCUUUAAAAUAGAUUCCAGCAUUGUUAACCACCGGUUUAUACACUCAGCAAAGAGGCCAUGCCAGUGCUCUGACUGUGGGAAGAGCUUCAAAAGGAGAUCCCAACUAACCCGCCACCAGCACAUCCACACAGGAGAGAGACCCUUUCAGUGCUCUGAGUGUAGGAAGAGCUUCAAAAGGAGUUACCACCUCACCUUCCACCAACGCAUCCACACAGGAGAGAGACCCUACAAGUGCUUUGAGUGUGGGAAGAGCUUCAAAAGCAGUUCCCACCUCACCUGUCACCAACGCAUCCACACAGGCGAGAGACCCUUUCAGUGUCUUGAGUGUGGGAGGAGCUUCAAAAGCAGUUCUGAAUUGAAGCAGCACCAUCGUAUCCACACAGAGGAGAGACCCUUUCAGUGUCCUGAGUGUGGGAAGAGCUUCAAAAGCAGUUCCCACCUCACCUUCCACCAGCGCAUCCACACAGGAGAGAGACCCUACAAGUGCUCUGUGUGUGGGAAGAGCUUCAAAAGGAACUAUGUAUUGAAGCAGCACCAGUGCACCCACACAGGGGAGAGACCCUACAAGUGUCCUGAAUGUGGGAAGAGCUUCAGAAACCAUUCCCACCUCAGUUUCCACCAACGCAUCCAUACAGGAGAGAGACCCUUUAAGUGUCCUGAAUGUGGGAAGAGCUUCAAAAGGAGUUAUGAAUUGAAGCAGCACCAGCGCAUCCACACAGGAGAGAGACCCUUUCAGUGUCCUGAGUGUGGGAAGAGCUUCAAAACCAGUUCAGAAUUGAAGCAGCACCAACGCUUCCACGCAGAGGAGAGACCCUUUCAGUGUCUCGAGUGUGGGAAGAGCUUCAAAAGCAGUUCUGAAUUGAAGCUGCACCAGCGCAUCCACACAGGAGAGAAACCUUUUACAUGUCUUGAGUGUGGGAAGAGCUUCAGAAGCAGUUCUGAAUUGAAGCAGCACCAGCGCACCCACACAGAGGAGAGACCCUACAAGUGCUCUGAGUGUGGGAAGAGCUUCAAAAGCCAUUCCCACCUCAGUUUCCACCAACGCAUCCACACAGGAGAGAGACCCUUUCAGUGUCCUGAAUGUGGGAAGAGCUUCAAAAGUGGUUAUGAAUUGAAGCGCCACCAGCGCAUCCACACAGGAGAGAGACCCUACAAGUGUCCUGAGUGUGGCAAGAGCUUCAAAAGCAGUUGUCAACUGAAGCAGCACCAGCGCAUCCACACAGAGGAGAGACCCUUUCAGUGUCCUGAGUGUGGGAAGAGCUUCAAAAGCACUUCUGAAUUGAAACAGCACCAGCGUAUCCACACAGGGGAGAGACCCUACAAGUGCUCUGAGUGUGAGAAGAGCUUCAAACACAGAUCUAAUCUCAACACUCACAAGCACAUCCACAGAGCACACAGGCUGUAGAAGCAUCCCAAGACUCUGGGAACCUUCAAAAGCCGUUCCAGCCUCGUUACCCACCAGCACAGCUACAUAAGAUACAGAGCCUGCAAUGCCCAAAUGUGGGAAGAGCUUCAGCCAGAGCCCAGGCCUGGUCACCACCUGUGGCUUUGUGUGGUGAUGAACCUUACAAAUCCCUUGAGUGGAAGAAGAGCUCUGCGGCCUAACUCAAUCCUCUUCUCCUUCUUUGCAUGGCAAUUAUGCAUAUUGCUCUCUUACAGCUGCAGCUGCUGUGUUGAGUGGCCAUACAAAGGAGAGUCCAAAAU